UAAGCUAAAUGUUACUUUAUCAUGUCAUAUGAGUUUUUGGAAACUGUUUCACGUAUGGAAAUAAAUUAAUAUCAAAUAUUAUGGUCCGUUUGCGUAAGCUAUAUUUAAUUAGGGCUGUAGUUUAAAUUACCUCGUCUAAUGGCGCCUGUUAUAAAACAGCGAAUGUUUAAAGUACAGGGGAGUUUUGUUUCAGGCUGCGUUAUCUUAAGGAGAUUGAACGGCUUAAGGACUUGACAAGUUGUGUACUCAGUAAUCAGGGCAUGAAUGGGCUUCGUUAGAGUAUGUGAAUGAAUAUAGAUCACGGUUACAACUUCGAUGUACUUUUCUUCCGUACAUGUUUGUAUACUGACAUUUCGCUAUGAUAAGGAGUUUGUAUCGCAAAUACCACAAGAUACGACCUUACUAGUAAGUGGGAGAUAACAGUGUCAGUUUAUAUUUUGACUGGACAUAUUCUGAAGCCAUUAACCGAUAUUUUGCUUUCACAUUCCUACAUACAUGUAGAUUUCCAAACAUUUAUAAAAGCUCUAUAUAUUUCGGAUCACGCUCAAAUACGAUCCAUUCUCGGUCAUCACAGUGUUAAUAACGGUCAGAAAUAAACUUUGCUGAAAGUUGUGAAUCGUAAAGUUGAACUUUAAAUAUCGGAUUGAUUAUUUCUUAAGUUUCAGUGUGAACACUUCCUUAAGAAAAUUUAUUUCCUGCUGCACAAAAAACACAAAUAAGUACCUAAAGAACGGAACGGAAAAAAUGGGUUCUCAAAACAGGCAACGAGUUGAUAGCGUUUUUCGUCUCCGAAUAGCUGACAUAAUAAGGAAGAAGCGUGACGGGGAGUCGUUGUCUAUAGAAGAAAUUGAGUUCUUUGUGGAAGGUGUGGUCAAUCGGUCGAUACAAGAUGCCCAGCUAGGCGCCAUGCUGAUGGCGAUGUACAUCCGCAGCCUUGAUUCUGAGGAGACGACCUACUUGACGCGCGCAAUGACACACAGUGGUGAGGUUCUGAAGUGGCCAGCGGAAUGGAAGGGCAGGAUUGUCGACAAACACAGCACUGGUGGAGUUGGGGACAAAGUCAGCCUGAUUCUCGCACCCGCCUUGGCCGCGUGUGGUAUGAAGGUACCGAUGGUGUCGGGGCGCGGUCUGAGUCACACAGGCGGAACACUCGACAAACUUGAAGCCAUUCCUGGAUUCACGGUUUCCCAAUCGCACGCAAACAUGAUCAAGAUUCUUGAAAACGUCGGCUGCUGCAUUGUUGGACAGACGAGCAAUCUCGUGCCAGCAGACAAAAUUAUGUAUGCCACGCGCGAUGUGACGUCAACGACAGAAAACAUUGGCCUAAUAACAUCCUCAAUAAUCUCCAAGAAAGUCGCCGAGUCAUUGGACGCCCUUGUUCUAGACGUGAAAAUUGGGAAGGGGGCUUUCCUAAAGAAUGAGAAAGACGCACGAGAACUUGCACAAAGAAUGGUUGCCGCCGGAAACGGAUCUGGUGUGCAGACUGUUGCCCUACUUACCGACAUGAAUUCACCAAUCGGAAAGAAAAUCGGAAACGCUUUCGAAGUGGCUGAAUCGAUUGAGUGUCUACAUGGCAAUGGUCCAAACGAUUUAACAGACCUCGUAACAAGACUUGGUGGACAGCUUCUGUACAAAAUCAACGCGGCAGAAAGCAUGGAUGCGGCUAUUAAUAUGAUAGCUUCGACGCUGAAUGACGGAAGAGCCCUUGCCAAGUUCCGGGCCAUGAUCGUGGCUCAGGGUGUCCAAGAGGAAAUUGCGGACAAACUGUGCCGCAAGGGAGCGGAUGUGUUUGAGGUCUUGCCCAAGGCAAAAUACACAUAUGAAAUUCAAUGUGCAAAAUCAGGCCACAUCCACAGCAUCGACUCAAUGAAUUGUGCCAUAGUAACAGGGAAGUUGGGAGCUGGCCGAGCAAAGGCGGGAGAGGUCAUUAACUUCGCGGUUGGAAUUCAUUUGAAAAAGCACAUCGGUGACGCUAUAGAGAAAGACGAAGUUGCGAUGGUGGUCCAUCACGACGAGGAUGGCAUUUUUCCUGAAGAAUUUGCAGGUUUGCUCAAGGACGCGUUUGUUAUUGGUGAUCGCCCGGUCACGCACGCCACACGUGUUCUUGACGUUAUCACGUAACUAUCGAGACGUCAUCACGCUCACCACGCUCAGACAUUAGUUCAUUGUAAAUAAAAUGAUAUCCGACACAACGUGUCGUAAGAAUGUGUAGAAGAAGUUGUUAUAUCUGUUAUUAACAUGCUCUUGAAGAGACAAAAUUCGAUUACACGUUGAUUUCGAACUCUAUGUCGUACAUUUUAUGCAUGCAGUCAUAUUACAAAGGACAUAACCAAUACUGUAGGGACAACAAGGAGUUUUAACUGUUUCAAUAGUGUUGAUGUUGGUACAAAUGGCGACUCCAAAUUGUAUCUUUGUUUUUUCAUUGUAUUUCAUCUAUAAAAAUAUUCAAGUUAUUUCAUCAUGUGCAGCUACUUUGUUACGUUCGUUUGUUAUUGAUUUAUUUGUGUGUUGUUAUUUUAAUUUGAUUUUGUAUAUACCUAUGCAUACAUAUUGUUUGGAUUCUAUAAACAUUCGCCAUAUUGUCAUGUUGAUUAUUUUAGUUGGUGUCACUGGAAAAUGUAAUGAAGCUUUUGUCCCUUUUCCCGCCUUUUUCAUUUAAAUACCAGAGACUUUUCCUAUCUUGCAGAUAACGCUCGGAUUUUUUAUUGGGUCUUGACAGUGUAUGAUAUUGAUUAUUUAUAAAAAGUCGUUAAUUUACAACAAGGAAAGCUUGCCAUUAUUUAGACGGUUGAUAACACACUAAGUAAAUAAGAAUUGCAUUUUUUUUCUUAUGAGAAUCAAAGAGUCAUUGAGUCGAUUGAGAAACUGAUGUUAUGUAACCUUUUUUUUACAAUCUGUUAGGCCGAUAGGUUGAUUUACCAAAUCGUGUAUUAUUUUAAACAUGUUUUUUCUUUGUUGAUAUAUUUUGUUGAUGUAUAUGUUUUACAUUUAGAAUAAAACUGGAUAAUGAUAGUAA